AUGCAGGAGAAACAGUGCGGGUCAGAGAGGAGAUGGACUUGCCCAAACUCCCCAGAGGGAGGGGCAAGGAUGGAGGUGGGAGGGCCUGAGCUACAUCCUGCUGUCAAGGGUCUUAGAUGCCGAGUUGCAGAGGGCUCACUGAUGCCUGCCACCAGCCCCUGCGUGCGCAAAGGCCGAGCCGUGGGAAGUCGGCCCCAGGCGUGCCUGGCCACCAUGCAGGAAAUAAGAACUUCCUCCCAAGGGUGUGUGCAUGUGAAACGAGCCGACGUGCGUGAAGUGCCUGCUGGUCACCCUCCAGCGUCAGCUCCGUGGGGGAGUGAGGUUGGUGUGUCCCUUCGGCGGGCAGCAGAAUGUAAACCAACCAGAGCUCGCUGCUGUAUCCUGAGGAGCCCUGCCUGGCCCACAGUAGGCCUCAGCCCACGUGUGUGCAGUGAAUAG